CAACAGGCCACGUGGGAGGAAUAGAUAGGAUACAACCCAGCAGCAAAUCGAUCAACAACAAGAAAAGAAAUCCCUACUCCAAAAAAAGGCUUUGUGAACAAGAGAAGGCGUGUUCGUUUCCGGGUGUGAGGGAAUGUGAACCUAUAAAUCCCCUGUACAUUUUCUCUCUCUCCCCUCAGCCACACAGAACAUUCCUGUUUGCUGACGCUGGCUCCUCUCAGCAGAGAGCAGAGCGCCCUGGCUGGAUACGUGCGGGAAAAAAUCUUCAUCACCUCUUUCCUCCUCCCCUCCUUCACCACCAUGUGCACAGAUUAAUCAGACAAAGUGCAACGAACAAGAAGGCCCCAUCAGAACCACAGCUUUAUUUUUUUUGAAACAGCGAGAAAAGGAAAGUGCACAUUUCGGAUCUAAAAUCGAGGAGGAAGGUUUGAACAGCGGCAGUCUGCUCCGUCCUGGUGAUCCUUGCUAUUCCUGUCACUGAGUCUGUCUCGUUUACACUGUAAUCCAUCCCAGAGCUGGAGAGAGAGAGAGAGAGCUACGUUCAUUACUCCUGCAUAAUUUACAAAAAAAACGCAUUUUAAUUUCUGCAGAACAAAUACUGCGAACCGGAACGAUUUAUUUCGCUUUCGGGGUACUGACGAGUUGUCAUUUUGACUCACAUGUUUUACUGUUAUCAAAAUGAGGACGUUGCAGCUGCACAUUCCCACGCCCCAUACACUUUGACCUUGUUUCCACAGCAACGCUAUUGUACCACCCAAGUACUGUAUUCAUCUCUGAAUUGGAGUAGAGGAGAGCUGAAGGAACAGGCAACAAGGGGCUAUCCAUGAGCACAGAUUUCCAGCAGUACAGCUUCAGGAUGCCAAACAUAGGGUUCCAGAACCUUCCACUCAAUAUCUACAUUGUGGUUUUCGGGACAGCAAUCUUUGUCUUCAUCCUCAGUUUACUGUUCUGCUGUUACUUAAUCAGGUUACGACAUCAAGCACACAAGGAGCUUUAUGCAUAUAAACAGGUUAUAUUGAAAGAGAAAGUAAAAGAACUUAAUUUGCAUGAGAUUUGUGCAGUCUGCUUGGAGGAGUUUAAGCCAAAGGAUGAGCUUGGGAUCUGUCCAUGUAAACAUGCAUUUCACAGAAAGUGUCUGAUCAAAUGGCUCGAAGUAAGGAAGGUUUGUCCACUCUGUAAUACACCUGUCCUCCAAAAUAACCAAGAGCAGGGAGCCAUGAGUGGGACAGACAACUUAGUGUAGCACAUGCUGCUCACAUUUCAGCUCAAGAGAAAGGAUUUUCUUUUUUGUAUCAUCGUUAUUUUUGUUUAUUUGUGUUUCAUUUUUCCCGUGUGUGUAGUGGAGCCGAUUCACAAGGUGGUGAUCCUGCGGACCUACACCCGAGUGUGUGGUUAAUGGCACGCCACGACUCACCGCGAGGGGACUGUAGAGUCUCGAACACCAAAGCACUUUUUUUUGUUGCUGGGUCUGCUAGGAGGUGCUGCUGGACCUGUCAGUAAAACACAGCGGCCAAGCUGACUUGAGUUACACACAAAGGAGCACUUUACAAUGACUCAUUCUCCUCUCCUUUUUGAACUGCCACAGGUACCAAGCAUGCAGGUGGGAGGUGUGUAUUGCAUGGGGUUUUCUUAAAGUUAUGUCAGAUUGAGCAUUCAGGUGGCAGAAAGUGCUGCGUCAGCAUUUUAAGGAAUAAGUAAACAAAGGGAACAGACUCGGGCCUUUUCAAAGUGGAAGCUUACAGCUCAUUACACUAUGUAAAGCAGCCAACCCUGAGGCAGGACUUCGCAAAGAUUUCAUGCUUAAUCCCAAGUUAUGAAAUUGCCAAAAACAAAGGUGUCUAAAAGGCUCACUCCUAUUUCAGAUUAGAUCUGAGGUUUUACUGUGAAUGAUAAUGGUCACCCCCCUUUGUUCCUCAGCCUCUUGGCAUUAAACCAUGUGAACAAUACAUCGAUAUAUUUAAUGAUGAGGCACUUUCUUUAUCAGAUGGGGAGGUUGGAAAAGCGAUCAGACUCUGUACCUGACAUUAUACGUAUGGCUGCAGGAGUGGGAGCUCUUUGGGACAAUCCCCUUAGUUAAUAGAUAAAUUCAUUUUCCUUUUUUUAAAGAAAAGCAUUAAUAAGAGCAUUUUAUACGAAGGACUAAUUAUCGCAGAGUUUUCAAACAGUUUGAGCCUUUGGAAACUCUUUCUGCGGUUGGCCAGGAACUGAGGUGUGUUGGGAGCUCAUUCAAUCAGAUACUCCUCAGGCAGCAGAGCAGAGCACAGUGGUGUUAAUUAGAGACUCGCUGGGAGUGGAAAUGGACAGCAGCUCUCAGUGUUCGAACAAUUAUCUCAUUUAUGGCGCAUGGCCAACAGUGUAGGUGUGGUCAACAGUGGGAUCCUGUACAAACGAAAAAAUAAUUUAACGUUAGAAAAAAAAUAACUAACACUUUAAAGAAAACAACAAACAAGGAAUUUGGGUGAGAAAGGAGAGGUGAGAAAAAUGCGCUGGUUGACACAGGAAUGAGAUGGAGAUGGGUUUGUGACUGGCUAGAGAGCAAGGAGAGUUGCUGGAAAAGCCUAAAAUUGUCUGCAGCUAAACUCAUUUACAGCCCAGGAUCAGCACUGAAACCUGUCAUCUGUACUGGGAGAAGAGGUAGCACUGGGAUGUGUACCAGUACAACAAAUGAGAGCCUUUGUGGACCCUUUCCGAAUUCUUUGAAGUUUGUUUCAGAGGUAGACAAGGCAGUUAAGAAGGCAUUCAGCACUCUUGCCUUCCUUGCUCAGACUUUUGAGUAUGAGAGUUGGAACGUCAUGUUGAGUCUUUAUAGGACUUUGCUGAGGUUCUUCUGAAGUACUGUGUACAGACUUGGUUACACUGUUAUAAGAAGGAUAUUACUAAAUUGGAGAGGGUUCUGAAAAGAUUUCCCACAAUGUUGCUAGAAAUGGAGAGUUUGAGAUACGAAAACAGAUUGGAAAUGCUGGGACUUUCUUAUCUGUGGUGUAGGAGGUUGAGGAGUGACCUUUAUAAAAUCAUGAGGGGUGUAGAUAAAGUCUUUUCCCUAAGAUGGCACAGUUCAAAAGUCGGGGGCAUAUUUUUAAGGUGAGAAGAGAAAAGGUUUUAAAAGGACACAAGAGACAACGUUUUUACAUGGAAUGGUUCAUGUGUUGAAUGAACUGCCAGAGAAAGUGGUGGAUGCAGGUAGUUAUAACAUUAAAAAGACAUUUGGAUAGGUUCAUGAUUAGGAAAGGAAGGUUUGGAGAGCUAUGGGCCAAACACAGGCAGGUGAGACUAGCUUACUUUGGGAACAUGGUUGGCGUGGGUUGGUUGGACUGAAGAGUCUGUUUCCACACAGUGUACUCUGUAAGAUCUCCCAAUGCCAUUCAUUUAAAGGCCAAUUUCCUGAAGGUCAUUGCAACAUUAUGCUGAUCUGCUGAAAAUGAGCGACAUAAAGAGGUGAUUAUUUAAGAAAGAUGGAAUGCUGGAGCUCUCUGCUGAGAUUCAGAAUGUUGCUGGCACAUCAGUUAGGAACCUACAAUUGAUUUGUUUUUAUCUAAUUUGAGCUAUAUAUGACCUUUAUCCGAAAUGCUUUUUUGAGAAUGUCAGUGAAAAGUAUAGCUCAUUUACAGUGAGAAGAAUGCCAUUUUUGUUCCCCAUAUUUUAGUUUAGCCUCCCCCACAUCUCAGAAUGCCCAGUUUUUUAUCAUAGAAUAUUGCAAUAGCUUUGCCCUUUCCCUCCUCACCAGGCCACAUGACACUUAGUUAAAAGACCCUUUCUCCUGCUGCUUCUGAUUUACUCUAACUGGUGAGUUGUACGUUUACAACUGUCUGGCCUGGGACAAAAAAAUCAUCGAAUUUUAAAGCACAGUGGAGGCUUUACAGCCCAUCAUGCCCACUCGAGCACUUUGACUAUGUUAUCCAAUUAGUCUCACACCCCUUCCUCUCACUCCUUUUUGUUAGGACUUCAGUUUUUUUCCCUUUAAUUCUCUUGGGUGUAGACUGGCCCUUGCCCAGACAGGACACUUAAGUCUGUGGUUUUAAUGAGACAGAACUAUAAACUCUGUUUGAACAUAACGGAUCUCUGAGUCAGUUCGAACUGCCCAGUGAGGCACAAUGAGGCAGGAGGAUUGCAUUGGUCAUUAAACAUGUACUGAGCUGUUGUUUUUCAGUGUCCUCAAAUCUAAGUACUCUCUCUCUCUGUCUUUCUCUCUCUCUGUCCGUCACACUCUCUUUCUGUCCUCUCUCUCUCUCUCUCUCUGUCUUUCUGUUUCUCCCCCCUCUCGCAGUAUCUCCUUUUGUGAGAUAUUGUGGUGAUGGCUGAGGAGAAGGGUGUGACAGACAGGAAACUUACAGGGUCAGAUAGAAAGGUAUCUUUAUAUCCUUCGCAAAACUAGUCAAUGAUUCAAAAAAGUCAAAAAUCAGGGUUGGAUAUAACACCCAAUCCCAAUUGUUACAACCUGGAGAUUAAUUUUAAAACCACACUCAGGCAAGGUGUGGUGAGAAUUAUACCUGAACCCCUGAAUAAUUUUUAUUAGACAUUUUUCUUCUCACAGAAUAUGGGCUUCUCUACCAGCUGAGUUAGCAGGUCCACUAACAACUGUGAAACUGAGCCCUACAUUGGAGAGAAUGAGUCAGGUUCGACCCUUGCUCUGUGCUGAGGCAGCUGAGUUUCACAUACAUCGGCAGGGAGUUUAACAACAUGCUCUAGAUCCAUAUCCAACCAUAAAUGCUGGGCAAGUUCACCAUGUGUGGAUAUCCUUUUAAGACACGAUUGACCUGAUGCCUUCUGAAGACAAAUAAUUCUCCGACAGUAACUGAGCUUAUGUGUAAAAACUAUGUCAUCAAGAAACCAAAGAGCUUGAACCACCAAUGCCAUCAACCCCUCAGAGAGUGAUAUUCAUUAAUCAACCGUUUGUGACCUCCCUUCACCCUUGGUUCUUGAUAGACUUACUGCUCAUUAUGGUCUUUACUCCUCUCAUCCUGACUCCGACUGCUGAUGACACAGUGAUCUCUCUACGUAGUUCUCUCUGCUUCUUGCUCCCCAGGAAUUGAAGGGAUCCUGGAGGGGACUUCAAGAGGAGAGUUGAAUGAAACCCCGUUCAAUUGGAAUUAUCACCUCCAUGAUUUCUCCCUGUGAUAAAGUCAUUGGUUGUCAGUUGUCAUUUGCUCAAGAGCUGGGAGUUUAUUCUGCAGUCAGCUGCUGAAAUGAAAUCGCACCCUCCUGUCUGGUGCCAGGAAUGGGAUCUUCUCAGGACGACCAAUUGUUGGGUUUGCCAGUCUGUGACGAAUCUUACACUGCCUCAGUUUCUAAGGCAAGAAGUCAAAGAGAUACAAAUUGAGAAUUGCCUUUUUUAAAAAUCACAAUGACACAAAGGACUUAGCACGUUGGUGGGCCGUUGGGAAACCAAGCUUAAUCCUGUGUCUUGCCAUAGAACAAAUUCCCGAUCACAGCCAAGCCCACGGGGAGGAAGAAGGUAGAGGGGAACCAUUCCCUAAGAAAGGCCUAGGAACCUACUGCUGUCUUAGUUGGGGAUUGGUGUAUGUGAAUGAAGACAAAGGAAAAUGGAAUUACUUUGGGGCAAGUAUCAAAACCUCUUGAAAUGAAGUAAUGGUGGGAAAUGUUAUUAAAAGCCGUAACUGGAUGUGCCCAACAUUGUGGGGGCGCGGCUUGAUAAACCCUCUCUUUCAUCUCAAGUCAGUUCAUGCGCAAAUACUUCCAAAUGCAAAUCAAAUGUACCAGUGAAUUGAUGCAACCCAUCAUCCAACGACUGUUCUACAAAAAUACAAAACUGCUCGACUACAGCACAAGAAACACAAUUUAUUUGCAUAAAAUGUGUUGUAAGCAAGUUGAAAGCUGCCAGUUUCUGCGCAAUAAUAUUUGCUGUGAAUACAAAUAUGUUAGGUACAUGCUCUUCAUUUUUAUAAUUUAACAGAUGUAUCUCAACACUUCAUCACUCAAAGAGAACAAUUUAAAUGUUGGAAUCAUUUGAUAAACUCUUUUAAAUUUAAAAGACUCAAUUAAUCUCCUACUGCUUAGUGCAAAGAUUUAGCUCUGUUCAUUGCCAGUGGAGGCUCACUAACUCAAUUCUAAAAUGAUGAUGAUUUGUCCUUACAAAAACAGAAACACUUUGAAGAUUUGCUCAGGUGAAUUUGUUCUGAAAACUUUUUUUAUAUAUACUUCUGUGGGAAUUAAUUGAGUGCAGUCAUCAUUGUGGAGGUAACAAUAUCUCUUUGCCUAUUUUAAUGACCCCCAUGGAUGGUAGAGUGCCUUUUCAAAUAGUUUUGGACACCACAGUGUCAUAACUCCCCAAGUUACAAAUGAGCCCUGGACUCUUAAGUACAUGGAGAAUACUUAGUUAGCUUGACUGAAACAGAUACACUUUUAAUUCUGUUUUAUAUGUCAAAGCUGUUAGUAGACAGAUUCAUGCAAAGAUCACAAGUUACCACAAAGUGUCCCAGACCCUGACAGUUUACUAAAAAGGAAGCUUAGAGUAAACCUCUCCAACUUUAAUUUUUCACCUAUCACAUCUGAACCAUUCUAUUCUGCAUGCCAGACAAAUUGCACCAUUGGAUUUCAGCUCACAUAAAUUGGUACAACCAUGAAAAAGUCAUCACGAUUGUCAAUAUUAUUUUUAAUUUUAGUUUCUUUAAAGAAAUGCAGUUUUGUUCAGUUCAACAAUGUUUCCUUUGAGCUUCCUUGGAGAUGAGGUCUAAUCAACUGAAAUCCUCUUUUCACAUGUUACUGGCAGCUCAUCCUGCCUUUGAAUAUUCAGAGUAUGUUGUGGAACUGUGACCCCUGCCUCCAUUGUGCCUCCAACCCCAUCUGCAUAGAGCUCAUGGUGCAGGCUGUCAUUAGUACAACACCUCUGACAUAGUAGCCACACAUCUCAGAGUUUACUUAGUGAGUCAGGGAGAUACGUUCCUUCACUACAGUUGAUGUAAAUAUUUACCGUUGACCUCUUAAUAUACUUACAACAUUCUUUUUUUUUCAAAAACUACCAAGGUUGCUUGUGUUACAAUAUUUUUUUGGUUAUGUUGUUAUUUUACAAAGAUACUCACUAUAAGGCCCUGAAGGGGAGCCCUGUAUUCAUCAGGAGAGACAACGUGGUCUCUUCAUUGCACCUUCCUACCUCUUCUGGUCAGUUUGUUUUGCUUGUUCAGUGCUGGUGAUCCCAGAAUCAUUUACAACUGUUGACAUGUUCAAAAAUGGACAUGUAUACAUUGCUUAAUACCUUAGCCUUCCUGUGUUGAAACUUGGAUGCAUUGAGCAAGACAGAGAAGAGGUUGUGCCUGGUAACAGCACUGUUUGUUGCUUCAUUUUGUUAGCACCAGCCAUCAAUCACAAUCCACCUCAGUGGCUUCAGACACUGAGCCUUCCUGCUGUCCCAAGACAGGUCAGGUUUUCAAAAUCUUCAUCUGCACUUGUUUUAUUCAAGCUUCUAUUUCUUUUUCCCUGAACCUCCAUAACAAAGUUACCUACUCAUAGCUGCUGUUUCAUUUAGCUCCAUUUGUGGGACAAACAGCGUAAACAAAAGGUUUAGCCACCUUUUUCCAUCUGCUGCGAGGAUGGUUAUGGAGUCAUACAAUAUGGAAGCAUACCCUUCGGCCCAAGUCAAACAGAUUUCCUAAACUCAACUAGUCCCAUAUCCCUCUCAACCUUUCCUACCCAUUAACCUAUCCAAAUGUCUUUUAAAUGUUCUAAUUGUACCAGCCUCCACCACUUCCUCCAGCGGAUCAUUCCAUAUAUGCAGCACCCUAUUUGUUAACAAGGUGCCCCUCAAGAAUAAAAGCCCCAGGCUAUCUAGCCCCUCCUUAUAACUCAAACCCUCCCAGUCUUGGUUGACAUCCUUAUAAGUCUUUUUUGCACCCUUUCCAGUUUAAGAACAUCCUCCCACAUUAACCCUCAUGAGCUGAGUUGAUCCACACAACCACCACGGGCAACCGCAUUACCGAGUAGCCAUCUGCCCAUUGUUCCCACGACUGUCAUUUUUCAGGUGGUCUCCAUAUGAAAAGUGUAGAGUGGGAGAAUAGAGAGAUACUUCCCCAGCCCACUUACCCCCACUCCAUAACUUAAAUCACAAGGCCAUCGCAGAUAAGGAAGAGCAUUCAAGCCACUUUAGCUUAUCCAGAAUGACCCCAUUACACAGUCCAAUUCUUCUUAAAUUAUCCCAGAAUAUUAGCCUGAACCACAUUGUCUGCAAGUCUGUUUCAUUUGUUGUCUGUAUUUUGGGUAAAGAUAUCAGCAUGUACCAUCAAAUUGCAGUUUAUUAAUUUGAAACUCCCCCAAUUCUACUUUAGAAAGCGCCUUCAAGUAAGUUUUUGGGUUUACCUUUUCUGUUCUGUUUAUGAACUUAUAUAAAAGUCAAGGGCAGACGUUUGCCUGGAGAUCUACAAGUCACAGCAUUACAGUGGGAAAAGAUCACAGGAUAAUGCAGACAUUCCUUAAAACCUAAAAGUUUUCUCCAGUCUUUUCUCAGCAAAGGAUCAACCUUAUGCCUUUUUGCAAAUACAUUGUGGAUCGUGUUUGAGUUAAGAGUUUACUGUAAUAAGGCAAGCAAUCUUAGGGAAGAAUACUGGCCAAUCCAAGAGCCAAGGUGACAUUCAGAAGAUGAACCCCAAACUUGUCCAAACAAACUGACCAGAGGAUGGCUUGGUCUUUUGCAUUGAGUCCAUUUUAUUGAGUGUCUGUACUUUAAACUCUUUACUAAUGCAAACCAAGAAAUCUCAGAGACUAGAUUCUACAUCAUAUAUGGUUACAUUUCUCCAUCAGUUCCCACUUGUAUGAAAUUUAUUGAAAGGCUGAAAUGGGUGGAAGAAGAUUAGCAUGAAAGAAAAUUGUUGAAACACAGUGAAAAUGUUUUUUAAGUCCAAUGUUAAAUUUUAGUGAGGGCAUAUUAAAGAAACUUGAGAUUUGAACUUUCCACAGAGAAAGUGUUAGCCAUAUCAUAAGGCCAUAAGAUAUAGAGCACAAUUGGGCCACUGGACCUAUCCAAUCUGAGCCACCAUUUAAUCAUAGGUAAUAUGUCUCUCAACAUCAUUCUCCUGCCUUUCCCUGAAAUCCUUCAUCUCCUUACUAAUCAAGAAGCUAUAUAUUUCUAUUAAAUAUAUUAACUGCAUAUGUUUUAUAUUAAAUAGAUUUGGUCUCUGCAGCCUUCUGUGGCAAUGAGUUCCACAGAUUCAGCACCAUCUAGCUGAAGAAAUUUCAUCUUAUCAUUGUUCUAAUGGGGUGACCUUUCGCUCUGAGGCUGUACCCCAGGUCGUAGUCUCUCGUACUAGUGGAAACAUCUUCUUGACAUCCACUCAGUAUUGUGUAAGUUUCAGUGAGAUCUCCCUCACCCUUCUAAACUCCAUUGAGAAUAGACCCAGAAUCCUCAACCACUCCUGAUUUAACAAGUCCCUCAUCCCUGGGAUCAUUCAUGUAAACCUGCUCUGGACACCCCAAUGCCAAAACAUCCUUCCAUAUACAGGGCCCACAGCUGCUUACAAUAUUCCAAGUACGGUCUGACCAGAGCCUUACACAGCUUCAGCAGUACAUUCCUGCUCUUGUAUUCCGGCCUUCUUGAAUGAUAACAUUGCAUUUGCCUUAAUAACUGCCAACUGGACCUGCAUGUUAACCUUAAAUGAAUCCUGAAUGGGACUCCUAUGUCCCUUUGUGCUUCAGAUUUCAGCAGCCUUUCCCCAUUUAGAAAAUAGUCUGUGCUUUUGUUCUUCCUACCAAGUGCAUAAUGUCAUACUUUGCUACAUUGUAUUCCAUCUGCCAAUUCUUUGCCCACUGACCUAGCCUGUCAAAGUCAUUCUUGCACCUUCCCUACUUCCUCAUCGUAUCUUUGUGCCAUAUACCAACAGUGGCUAAGCUUCUCAUGGAGCAGUACAGACAAAGUUUUUUCAACACCGCAGAGAGGAUACAGAGGCAACUGGGGUUGAAUGCGAUAUGAGCUGCUGUCACAUAGCUGUAGUCCCAUUAUAGUGGAGCUGGUGCCCAAUACGGGGAUUUGUGCAUCAGCAGCAGUAAAGUAACCUUCUAACGAAGUCACCAGACUCUCCCCACAGGUGCUACCAGACCUGCCCAAUUUCGCCAGCAAUUUCUGUUUCUGCAGAAGAUCUCCAGCAUCCACAGUUCUUUGUUUUUUCAAACUAAAUCUGAUGGGUUCAGAUUUGGUGUGAGAACCAAUCACCUCAACAACCAGGGUUACUACAUGCAGAAAGUUUACCUUUAUAUUUCUGCCACAGGUCUCUUCAGCCCUGAUGUAACCGUGGAUGGCUAACAUUAAAAAAAAUUAGUGUGAUUAUGGUAAGAUUUUUGGGUUCCAAAGAGUCCUUAUGACUGAGGUAUAUUGGCAAAACUGGUCAACAGUGUUUUAUUGAUGGGAAGGCAAUGGCCUUGUGGUAUUGACUGUCAAACCAGAGAUCCAUUUAAUGCUCCGGGGACCCAGUUUCAAAUUCCCUCAUGAUGGUGUGUAAAAUUUGAGUUCAAUAACAAUCUGGAAUUAAGAGCCUAAUAAUGACCAUAAAUCAAUUGUUUAAUGUUGGAGAAAACUCAUUCUAUUCACUGAUGCCCUUUAGAGAAAGAAAUCUGCCAUCUUUACCUGGUCUAGUCUACAUGUGACCCCAGACCCAUAGCAAUGUGGUUGAUUCUUAAUGCCCUUGGGGAUGGGGAUUAAAUGCUGGCCUGACCAGCAAUGCCCUCAUCCUGUGAGUGAGUAUAUUUUUAAAAAUGUACCAGAGGCAUUGCUGGUUACCAAGCUGCUAACGUACAAUACAAGUGACUUCAAACAGGACAGGUUAUGAGAGACAAAACUGUGCAUGGCUUUUGCAGCUUGAAUUGUGAACAGGUUGAAAUUUUAUAUCUUAGACAUUUGUCUUCCAAACCCCCACACAGCAACCAACAGGAAGCUGAGGUGAUGGAGAUGAGUGAACCUGUAAUUUUACAGGAGCACUUUGGCCCUUACAGCGAGUCAAGUCAAGCUUCCAAAAUUAAGUGAUGCCUCCGUUUUGAUUGAUGGUCAUUAAUACUUAGCAACAGAAAAGAAACAAAAAUGUUCGAACUAUAAGAGCAAAUUACACCAGCAUUUUAUAGGAGGAAGUAAACUCAUCUUAACCCAGCUGAUUCCACUCCAGAUCUGCAAGAAUCAUAGAUAUAACAAUGAACCUUUUGGGUUUUUUGGUGAUUUUUUUUUCCAUUUUUCCUUUGGCUUUUCCCAUUUUUACUUGCUUUUUUUUGUUGUCAUUCCUUCCCUUGUUAAAACUCUUGCUUUCUCUAAUCUCCAUCUCCUGCUUUGUCCUUAUUCUUCCCAUUCCCAUCUCACUAUCAAUAAAUACAUGUCAUGACAAGAUUUAAACAGAAAUGAUGGUAGCCAUUUGAAGGUGCAAUGAAAGCCACUAAAUAAUCCAGUAUUACAAAUUUUAGCAAAUAUGAAGUGAGUGAAAAUGUGAUUUCUUCAAGCUUUGGGAUGAAGAGAUCAUUUUCUAAAAUAGAAGCCGUGUGUGUCUAUUCCUGUAGUAGCAAUGUAACCUCAAGCAGAUGCUCUCAAGAAUGGGCUUUCUGCCUUCCUAUUGACACCCUGUCAUAAAUCUACUCUCUAAUGUAUAUGGAACUUAGGCUAUCAGUUUCAUAGACAUGUUUAUAAAGAAUUCUGCAGCAGAAUAUAUUUUAAAAAUUGCUAUUUGUAAGCUAUAUUUUUGUAUAUUUAAUUGCUAUUUUGAAAUUUUGAUGGCUUUUGUUUUGCUAAUUAAGUGCAUUGUAUUCAAGAAUAUCUGCAUGUGAUUGACUGGAAUUGUAAAUAAAUGAGAGGUUUCCGAAACUGGGCGUCUUAUGGUUCUUCUGCGAAUGUCUAUAAUUGCAGAUUACCGUCUUACAUCUUCUUCCAAUAGACCAAAUGUAAAUAGUACUUGCAUUAUUGUUACACCUUUUAGCAUCAAAGAUGAGGGG